AUGAGCAAAGCAAGUACCAGCGAAUCGGACACCGGAACCGUUAUUGAUUUAGAUGCAUUAUUUACCCUACAGUUAGAGCGAUGCGAGACACUUAAGCAAAUUUUAAAGAAUUUUAAAAAGGACCCAAAUACGAGAAAAACUAGGGUAUACUGCCAGGUUCGCCUUGAAAAGAUAGAAGCAGUACAUGGAGAGUUUAACAAAACUCACACCACCAUUGUACACCAUGACACCAGUCGCAAAUCGCAAUAUUUUACUGACAGGGUAGCUUCGGAGUUUGAAGAACGCUAUUUCGAUAGCCGGGUUGCACUUUUAGAAGCAUACAACGAACAAACGCCUUCAUCUUCGGAGCAAUCUGCCGGUUCUCAACUGCAAGUUCCAAAAAAAAUGUCACCAAUCGAAAUGCCAAAACUACCGUUGCCAUCGUUCUCUGGCAAAUAUAUCGAAUGGCCGGCGUUUCAUGAUGCAUUUGUCCGACUGAUCCACACCAACACCGACUUAAGUGCUAUUCAAAAAUUUCACUUUUUAAAGAAGGCACUGCCAGCAGAAAACGAUGUAGAUGUUCAGCAAAUGGCCUUAACUGAGACCAACUAUGGAACUGCCUGGGAUUUAUUUGUAAAUCGUUAUAAUAAUCCUCGUCUACUAUUCAUGCACCACAUGAACAAGCUCUUCACACAAUCUGCAGUUACUAAAGAGUGCUCAGACGACAUCAAGUCUUUACUCAAUGUAGCAAAAGUCUGUAUAAAUGAGUUCAGUCGUUUGAAAAUACCUAUUUCACAGGGCAAUCAGUGGAUUGCGUACCUUUUGUCAACAAAGUUGCCAAAGGAUACCCAUCACGCUUGGGAAUAUCACCUCGGCAGUGACGUUAACAUCCCCACCUUUGAAAUGUUAGAAGCAUUUUUAAAUAAGCGUCUGGUGAAAAUCAAUGUGAUUGAAAAUAGAAACAUUUCAUGUGGUAAUAACUCACUGUCAAAGACCAGCAAUGUGGCUGAUACCACUUCGUCAACUAAACGCCAAAGUCGACCUCCAAAGGCUUUAUACAGACAUAAUAGUAAUAGUUUUCACGCCACUAGUCAACCGAAAAACGUCAAUUCAUGCUUUCUGUGUGGCGAAGCACACAUUCUGCGGCGCUGUACCAAAUUCCUCGCCAAAGAUUGCUUUGAGAGAAAGUCUAUCGCGGACAAAGAAAAACUUUGUUUAAAUUGCCUGAGCAGGGCUCAUUCAGUUUCCCGUUGCACCAGCACGAAGAACUGUCUACAGUGUAGCCAAAGACACCACACUCUUCUACAUUUUCCAAUGUCAAAGCCCCCACAGCAAAAUGAAUCCCCUCGAUCACACGAGGGUGGCAAAUCUCAAAUAGCUUUAAACCCAUCAGCUCAAACCUUUCAAGUUGAAAGCACUCAGAGUCAGACCACGACUCAUCAAAACCCCACGUCAUCCAGGUUAACGCACACUGCUCAGCUUCUUACAGAACCGUCACAGAAGCAGACUCGUAAGGUGCUUUUAGCCACCGCUCUCGUCACGAUCAAGAACGACGGCACGGGUCAGUCCAUGGUAGUACGUGCGCUAUUAGAUCAAGGCUCUGAAUGCACACUUAUUUCAGAGCAUGCCGUUCAAACACUCUGUUUGACACGCAACCGUGCUUCGGCAGAUAUAUCUGGGGUGGGCAGCAACGUCGCGCAUCGUUGUAAGCACACUGUGAAUUUCACAAUGCACUCAUAUGUGAACCCUAACUACCAUGUCGCGGUCAAUACCGCCUUUGUUUUAAAGGCGCUCACCAAUAAAUUGCCAAGUCAAACAAUUGAGCCAAACCAAUGGGCUCAUAUUCGAGGACUGCAGUUAGCAGACAUGUUCGCUAACCUUUUAUUGCCAGAAACACGUAUUGGAGGACUUCAUGAACCAAUAGCCCAGCGCACCCAUCUGGGAUGGAUAUUGUCUGGCAAUACUACUUCCACCCCCAAAGUUGAUGCUGCUAGUCUUCAUUGCAACCAUGUCACUCUCGAGCUGGAAUCACUUGUACAACGUUUUUUCGAAAUCGAUCAAGUACCGACCGAGAGAUCUCUCUCGCAAGAAGAAAACUGGUGUGAAACACAUUUUCAACAAACGCAUAUGCGCCAACCAAAUGGGAAAUAUUUAGUGAGACUUCCAUUGAAAAAUUUGUUUGAUGAAUCUCAAACCCUCGGUAAAUCCAAAAAACUUGCACUCAACCGCUUUCAUUCACUGGAGCGAAAACUACAACGCAACGAUGAAUUGCGAGCCCGGUAUGAAGGGUGUAUUCGGGAAUAUUUCACCCUGAAUCAAAUAACUCCUGCUACGACAACUGAGGAGCAGCAUUCCGUCAAACUUGCCUCAAGUGCUCCAACAGUCGCAUCAUGUGUAUUACCUCACCACGCUGUGAUCAAAGAGGAAAGUCUAACCACAAAGCUAAGAAUCGUGUUUGACGCCUCGUGCAAGACUAGCAAUGGCAAAUCGUUAAAUGACGUACUGUGUGUGGGACCCGCACUUCAAAAUGAUCUGCCAGCAGUAGUUUUAAAUUGGAGAAAACACAAAUUUGCGUUUACAUCUGAUAUCCAAAAAAUGUAUCGGUGCAUAGACAUGCACACAGAUGACUCGCAAUAUCAACGCAUUUUGUGGCGAAACGAAGCAAAUGAAAUUCAGGAGUAUUGUCUCACGACAGUCACAUUUGGGACUGCUUCCGCUCCCUAUACCGCGAUACGAAUCCUCCACCAACUGGCUGAAGACGAAAGUACAUCGUGUCCGUUAGCAGCACCUGUCCUUCGGAAUGAAAUGUAUGUUGACUACGUACUAUCUGGCGGUCACUCCGUUGAGAUCGCCACCGAAAUUCGCAAACAAGUAACCUUAGCAUUGCGCUCCGCUGGCAUGGAACUUCGAAAAUGGAGCAGCAACUCAUCGGCGGUGCUGGACGGUAUUCCCACCGAAAACAGGUCAGACAGUAAUGCCUUACAGUUAAAUAGCAGCGAUACCGUUAAAACCCUUGGCAUUCUGUGGCAACCGAACAAGGACGUUUUUAAAUUCCGGCUCAACUUCGAAAUUGAUUUUACUGCCACCAAACGGUCAGUGCUCUCAACUAUAGCUCGUCUGUACGACCCACUGGGAUUAAUUGCACCGGUUAUUGUAGCAGCCAAAAUCAUCCUGAAAUCGGUAUGGUCCUUUAAGGUACAACGCGAUGAGCACACGUUCACACCACUGGCAUGGGAUGAAACGCUACCAACAAAUCUAAAUCACCAAUGGCAACGUUUUCUAAAUACUGUAUCGGAGCUGCCCUGCAUCACGCUGCCGAGAUGGUUGAACUAUGAGCCAAAUCAUGUUAAAUCAUUACAACUCCAUGUAUUUUGCGAUGGCUCGACAGCUGCAUAUGCAGCAUGUGUUUAUCUACGGAGUCACCCCGACAAAACCGUUGACUAUACCACGCGUCGAGUUGUGCGGAGCAGUGCUGGCGACUGA